UCAUUGUAAGAUUAUUGCAGUACACCUCCAUUCAGUCAGUGGUUCAGUGGUCUUGUGCUCCGUCAUUUUGCGCUGGUUCUUACUUGCCGUAUAUGUGCGCUGUCUGUCGUUCAUGUUUCGUAGUUUGAAUCUGCUUCUCCCAUAUUUUCGUAACUUCGACUAUAGCAUUACCGUAAUAUUACGGUGUACCACCUGUUGCUGCCACACCGUAGCAUCACACGUGAUAUUGAUAUACAUUAGAUUUUUUUUUUCUUAUAUUUCUUUUUUCUCAAGAUACAGUUUGCGAACUACUGGUUAACUGAUCGUCGUUGCUUAUCAUGAAAAGACAUUCUUGAUAGAUAAAUCGGCAAAAAUCUAUUAUUUUUCAUUCUGAUUAUUAGAUGUAUUAUAGCUUCAUGAGAGUUCUACACAAAACCAAACUGCGUCUCGGGGAAAGCAGAUUCUAAGAAAAAUAAACAUUCGUAGAGAUAGAGAUAUAGAAGAAAUUACAUUAACACACACUGCAUAUUUGUAAUGAAAUAAACAUGCCUCCAAGAAAUGUAUGUCAAGUAUCAUUUGUAGCGUAAUAUAUUCAUGAUAAACAUAAUGUGCCUAUACAAAUGUAGUUAUGCUAAUAAUACCAGAACGUAACUUGAAAACUCCUUAGUAUAGUAAGAAACAUAAUCUGGUCUAGAUAUCUAAAGGGUGGAAUUUUUUCCCCUGAGAGACAACAACAGAAACUCAUGCUGUCUUUGUAACACCGUGAACAUCGACAUCUUACAGAAGGAAAACAGCUCUCCACUAAUACGAGGUUUGGAUAUCAGCUGAUAAACUGAUAAGGCCUGAGAAGCGAUGUAGAGCUAUGGUAGUGUUAAGGUGGAGCCGGGGUUGGCACCAUCUCCAGGAUUUCACUCUGUUCCGCGAGUUGUGGGCGAGUGACACCACCAGAAUGGGAAUAGGAAUCUGAGUGAAAUUGGCCCUUGUUGCCAUAAUGUGUGCGGGUAGACAGCAGCAAGAGGAACGGGAGAAAGAGAUGUCAGUUGGGAGAUUGUAAAGGAAGACAGGAGCAUGUACCGCUGCUCGGGUCCCGCUGGGUGUGUGAGUAGGAAAGCCGAUCCCCAUUCCGAAGAAGGGCGAGAUGGAACUGUUGCUCAGAGAGAGAAUGAUGGACUGACGGGGUGUAGACCUAUCCCCGGGCACAGUAAAGAUACGGGUUCUGUGAAUCACGAAUUGACUUGCACAGACUUACACGGAGAUCCUGUAUCGGAGUUCAGCCCAAAGACCAGCAGAGUCAGGGAGCUAAGCAGCCCCUCAGAUUCAUGCUUCUUUAGCGCCGACGAAAAGGGCAGUCCGGAGAUUCACGAAAGCAUCCACGGCGCGAAUCCACACGUUCUGCUGCGGAGGAAGUGCGAGAGAAAAGUGACCGGGAGCGACAGUGGCUUUGACAGCCCUCGGAGUGGCUACGCGUCCAGCAGCUCCUUUGAUCUGGUGUUCGCGCUUGGCACAGGAAACUCUUCCGGCCUUGACAGUCCUCCCGGUAAUCCGAAACCCAAAGAUCGGCACCCGGUCUUGACGCGAUACCAGAGACCCUGUUAUCAGAGAUUCGACUCGGACGAUUGGAGACCCAUCCCGGGCGAAGGCAGGUAUGAAUGCGUAGAGCGAGCAGCUGGUGCCCCGGGCAAACCGCAGCGAUGGGGUGAGAAGGAACCGUGGAGGGACAGCGGAGUGCCUGAUUCACCGGGGUCCUUCCCAAACUCGCCUCUCAAGGGCAGCGCAGGGAACACACUCGAGAGGGCACUGGUCAGGCCUCACAAGCCCGACCAGGCUCAGCAGUCGAUGGUCAUAGGAACUAUCAACCAGCAUUUGCAGGAGUUGGCCAUGGCGAUGGUAUCCCUCUACGGGUCGGAUACGUUCAUAGAUGUGGAAUCCUGCCAGGCACACCUACGCGAGGAGCAGCUCAGGUAAACGGACGUAGUAGAACGAAGUACGCAAUAGUGUUAGGCAAACAGUACAAGUGAGUAUUUGAGCUCUCGAAACCAUAAGGUUGUGAUUUGUUAGCGUUGUCUCUCAGACAACUUCAUCUUCCAUAUUGUUAUCAUACACGAACACACAC